AUGAUCUCUCGCUUGCUACACACUUAUCCAACUGAAUUCUGUCCGAAAUUACAACAUAAUUGGUAUUUAGAAUCGUGUUCGAAGUCGAUUGAUAAAUGUAAAUGGCAAUGCCGAGUUUAUUUCUGUUUUAACACCAUGCCACAACCAAAAAAAGUCGCCGGAAAAAAACAAGCUGAGACCAUCAAUCAACGUCUCCAACUUGUUAUGAAAUCUGGCAAAUACGUUCUCGGCUACCGUCAAACACUCAAGGCACUCCGCAACGGACAAGCUAAAUUAAUUCUUGUCUCAGGAAACACACCACAAAUCCGAAAAAGUGAAAUCGAAUAUUACGCUAUGUUAGCUAAAACUGGUGUGCACCACUACGGAGGAAACAAUAUCGAAUUGGGCACAGCUUGUGGCAAAUAUUUCCGUUACCAGGCGAACAAUCGACCGCCAUUGCAACAGCAUAAACAUGACUAUGAUAAUAUGUGUUCUCCUCCUCUUCUUCUUUCAACGUGCCAAUUGCAUGCACAUAUGCCGGUGGCACUCAUUUGGUUCCAACAGACAAAGAACAAGAAUUCAAUUGGUUUAAGAACAUCACCGCCUUUAAAUAUGAUUUUAUUCAAAUCCAAAAAGCAGUAUCAGUAUAAACCAUUCCAACGUCAAUCAUUACUCGCCCGUUUCAAAUCAAAAUAUCGUCUCAAAUCUGACCACUUUCCCGGAGAUAGUAGUGAAUACAAACGUCGUCGUCGUCGCUCGUUGUUCUCUAAUAUUCAUCGAACAUAUCAUUCUUUAUGUUUAAGUGUCACACUGAUCUUCGAAUUAUCGAAACUGUUCACGGAUGGAUACGAAUGGUCUCGUGCAAGUAAAGGUGGUGAUGACGAUUUUGAAAUUACAAAAAAACGUGCUUUUAAUGGACGACGCGAGGAAGAAAAGUACAUCUUAUGUAUUUUGAAAAGUGAAUUCCAAUACAAAAUGUCGCAACUAUGUAAUCUAGCAAAAUGUAAUCGAACAUCGCGUGGUCUGUGCGAUUGUUGCAAACAAAAUCUGUGUCUUCAACAUCUAACAGAGCACAACGUUGCACUCCUCUCACAAAUAAGUCCGUUAACGGAUACAAUCAACACACUAGGUGAACGUCUUCAAAUCUUGUAUACUGAAGGCAUCACUGCGAAUUGUUGUCUAAAACUUGAACAUUGGCGUGUGGAAUGCCAUCAGAAAAUUGAUCGCUUCUUCGAACGGCAAUGUCGACAAGUUAAUGAUCUCAUCGAUACGAAAGUUCGAUUACAAAAAGAAGAGAUUGAUCGUGUACGUACGAAAGUUGCCGAGAUCGUUCGUGAACAAGAAAUUACCCAGAAAGAUCUCGAUUCAUUAGUGUCAACUGUACGUUAUUUAGAAGCAGCAAUAAACAAGAUUGAACAAACAACGCUGCAAAUAAAUUUUCGUGGAUUCGAAUUGGAUGAGGAAUCUAUCAAUAUCAGUGAGAAAAACUCGUCGGAAAUUGAUAUUUCCAAGGUUUUCAAUAACUGUAAGACGUUUAACUCUGCUAAUGGUAGCUACAGUGUGUUAGCUUGCAAUGAACAGUAUUUGCUGAUACACACUAAUCCAAAUUUAUGUUUAGUAAAUCGUGAUAUGAAAGUAGUCAAACAAAUUCUGUGGACUUAUGAUAAAAUUUACGAUAUGUGUUGGUCAGCAACAUUAGACAAGUUUAUUUUGAUCGAAAAAUACAACAUUUACAUUGUUGAAAAAGAUAUAUCAUCGAUAGAAGUUGGCCAAAUGAUCGAGAAAUAUAAAUGGUUAGCAUGCACAUGCUCUGACACUUGUCUAUUUUUGCUAGUCGAUACAAGUCCUCCUUGGAUCGGAUGUUAUAGUAUUUCAUCUUCGAUGGAGCUGAUCCAAAAAUGGCAAGUGUUUGAAAAAUCAUCAACUGAUAUUGUUGAUGAUAUUGUGUACAGACACGGAAUGCUUGCCAUGAUGGUGCAGAAUACACAAAAUACAGAUGUACGAAUAGAAUUAAGAUCUGUUGAAACACUGACUUGUGUUUGGUCACUUGCACUUGGUAUUUUUUCAAUCAACGAAAGUAUUUUUCGUUGCUGUGCAAUCACGUGCAACGAAUGGAUAGUAGUCGAUCACAAGAAUAAUCAUCUGGUACAUGUCACUGCUGAUGGGAAAAUCAAAAAUACGAUCGCUUAUCACUCGACACCACGCCGUGCCAUUCUGUUUGAGCCAAAUCUAUUGGUUGUUAUAACUAGGACAGGAAUCCAGUUUCAUCAGCUGUAA